UGCUUGACAGUAGAGGAAGAUCAGAGAGUUAACUUAUGGUUUUGCUUAUCAGUUAUUUUGCAAAAGCACGUGAUUUUUACAACGCAUACAAUCAAGAGUUAAUUUACAGAGUGGAUUGUCUGAUUGCACAUCUGUUAAAAAGUUCUUAAAAGUGCAGUUUUUUCAAACUCGGCAGUCAAUUUGCGCCGAGACAUCGAAGUGCCAAAAAAAAAAAAAUCCUACUGGUCUGUAGUUGGGAUGGAUUUUGAGAAGACAAAAGAAAAUCCGAAUCCAUGGACAACUGCGAACUUCUUUUCCCGCCUUUUCUUUUGGUGGCUCAACCCAACUUUCAUAAAAGGCCGAAAGGGAAAUUUGAAACUAGGGGAUAUUUAUGAUUGUCCAUAUGUUGACUCAUCGGAAAAAGUUGGCGAAAAAAUGAUAAAAGAAUGGGAAAAGGAGCUAAAGAAACAAAAAGAAGGUAAAAAUCCCAGUCUUGUCCGAGCAACCAUUCGAACUUUUGGACCUUAUUAUUGUCUUAAUGGAAUAUACACUUUGAUUGAGGAAUGCUUUAUUCACGUUCUGCAACCGAUAUUUCUUGGUUACCUAAUCGAACAUUUUUCGAGGAUGAGGACGUUAACGAACGAUUACUUAUAUGGCUACACGGCCGCUGUGUGCCUGUUGGCCGCCAUGUUUGUUUUCACUCACCACAAGUAUUUCUUUGGGGCACAAAGGACUGGAAUGCGAGUACGAAUCGCUUGCUGUACUCUUGUAUAUCGUAAGGCUUUGAAACUUAGUCAGUACGCACUGAGUCGCACAACGGUUGGACAGAUGGUCAAUCUUUUAUCCAAUGAUGUAAACAGAUUUGAUCAGUCUGUUGUGUACCUUCCAUACUUGAUAGCCGGUCCGAUCCAGACAGCGAUAAUUAUAGUCGUUUUGUGGCAGCACAUCGAUUUUGCUAGUCUGGCGGGAGUAUCUGUUCUUUUACUCUAUAUUCCAUUCCAAGGCAUGAUGGGAAAACUCUUCUCGAAACUCAGGAUGAAGACAGCUUCCCUUACUGAUGAGCGAAUCAGAUUGAUGAAUGAAAUUAUAGGAGGCAUGAGAGUUAUUAAGAUGUAUGGCUGGGAAUUUCCUUUCGCCAAUCUCGUGGACUCUAUACGAAGGAAAGAAGUGACAAAAAUUAGGCGCACAUCCAUCCUAAGAGGCUUGAACUUGGCGGUUUUCUUCAUUUCUUCCAAACUGAUUCUACUUGUUGCAUUCGUCGUCUUUGUGCUCGGUGUGAAAGGAGACCUGACGCCUGAAAAAGUCUUCGUCUGCAUGUCUUUGUUUAAUAAUCUCCGACUGGCCAUGACUCUGUUCUUCCCAUAUGCCAUUGCCCAAGGAGCCGAAUCCAUUAUAUCGCUUAAAAGGAUCCAGAAAUUUUUGUUACUCGAGGAGCAGCAAGAAACUUCUCACUUGGAUGUUUCAAAUCUCAGGCCAAAGCUGAGCCAAUGCGGUAUUUGGAUGCAGAAAGUAGUUGCCUCUUGGGACAAAGGUGGAGAGUCUACUCUUCGAAAUGUAACUCUAACCGUAAAGCCUGGAGAAUUACUGGCAGUCGUAGGACCUGUUGGAUGCGGAAAGACUUCUCUUUUGAUGUCCAUCCUUGGCGAGCUUCCCAUUGUGUCGGGUGAAGUGAAGGUGCGAGGCAAAGUGGCGUACGCCUCGCAAGAACCCUGGGUGUUCGGUGGCAGUGUCAAGCAGAAUGUCAUCUUUGGAAGCACUUUCGAUGAAAAUAAAUACAAAACAGUGCUGAAUGUGUGCGCUCUGGAUAAAGAUAUUGAACUUUUCCCAUAUGGAGACCAGACACCUGUUGGAGAAAGGGGUGUCAGUUUAAGUGGUGGUCAAAAGGCUCGUGUAAACCUUGCCAGGGCUAUGUAUUUCGACGCUGACAUCUUCUUGUUAGACGACCCCUUGAGUGCCGUGGACUCUGCUGUUUCCAAACAUCUCUUCGAAAAGUGUAUCAACGGUUAUCUGAAGGACAAAGUGAGGAUUUUGGCGACACAUCAGAUUCAAUUUUUAAAAGGUGCUUCGCAGAUUCUUGUUUUGAAAGAGGGUAAAUGCCUCGCUCUGGGAACAUAUGAUCAACUGACAGAAUCCGGUGUGGAUUUGGGAUCAAUGAUGGAAGACUACGAAAACGAACGACGCCAACGUCUGUGUUCCAUGAACUCAACUGCCAGCAAUGUUUCUCUGCCUGACGAAUUAGGCGAUGGAACAACUGCCGUUCCAUUGUACGAAUCUACUUUGUCUCUCAGCUCCUCAGUUUCGGCUGGAUACGACGAUAUCGAAGGUGAAAAGAUAAACGACAAAGGCCCCAAAGGCGUCGAAGAACUGAAGACUCAAGGAGCCGUGAAACUAAAAGUGUACAUAGAAUAUAUCAAAUCGGGCGCCGGUCUAUUCCUCAGAAUCAUUCUGCUGCUUUCUUACAUUGGCACGCAAGUCCUUUUCAGCGGCAGUGACUUCUGGCUGACAGCAUGGACUAAUCUAGAGCAGAGGAAGUACAACGUCAAAGACUGCUGGGAUGGCGUGAACGCGACGAAGGCCGAUCUGAAUGAAACUGGACAAUACAACCUCACUUACGGGGUUUUCGAUCGAGAUUUCUUCUACAUGAAUUUCGCCAACGUGAGUCAGGAUUGCUUCAAAGUAACCAGCAAUUACCGGAUGGACGAGUUUGAUGCGGCUAGCAGAGUGAACACGCCUUACCACCUUUCAGUUUAUGCAGGUCUCGUCCUCAUCGUAUUUCUUCUAUCUCUACUAAGGACGACCUGUUUCUUCCACAUGUGCAUGAAAGCAUCGAGAAAUCUUCACAACAAAAUGUUUCGAUGCGUUCUUAGGUCACCUGUCUCAUUUUUUGACAGCAAUCCAGUGGGCAAUGUUCUUAACCGAUGUUCGAGGGACUUGGGCCUCAUCGACGAUGUCAUUCCACCGACGGCCUCUGACUGCCUGGAGAUUUUCUGCACUCUGUUUGGCAUCAUUUGCGUCGUGGCCAUCAUCGAACCUCUGCUACUCGUACCCACUCUCAUCAUCAGUGUAGCAUUUGUAUUCUUGAGGAGAUUCUACUUGCCAACCGCCCGUGAUGUGAAGAGAUAUGAAGGCAUAACAAGAAGCCCAGUAUUCUCCCAUUUAAGUACCUCGCUCUAUGGACUGACAACAAUCCGUGCGUUCAAAGCUCAACAGUCAUUUGAGCUCAGUUUCGACCAUUACCAGGACAGACAUACUGCUACUUGGUUCAUGUUCAUUUCUGUGACGCGUUGGUUCGGAAUUGUCUUGGACUGGCUGUGUGUCAUCUACAUCACUUGUGUCACGGUCUCAAUGGUAGUGCUAUCAGAAGAUCCAUCGUAUGCCAGUAGAGCUGGAUUGGCAAUCGCUUCUGCUCUUCAGUUGAGCGGUAGUUUCCAGUGGGGUGUCAGACAGUCAGCAGAAGUCGAGAGUCAGAUGACAUCCGUCGAACGAGUGAUCGAAUACAGCAACUUACCACCAGAAGCAGCUCUGGACAGCGACAAGGACAAGAAACCCCCUAAAGAGUGGCCAUCUAAAGGAUACAUUAUCUACAAAAAUGUCAGUCUCAAGUAUUCCCCAGAGGAUCCUCCAGUUCUUAAAAAUCUUAAUUUUGAAAUAUAUCCUGAGGAAAAGAUCGGUAUUGUGGGCAGAACUGGAGCCGGUAAGAGUUCCAUGAUCGCGACCCUUUUCCGAAUGACCGAACCAGAGGGAGAGGUCAAAAUCGACGGAAUCUCCACCAAAGACAUCGGACUGCAUGACCUCCGAAGGAAAAUUUCCAUCAUUCCUCAGGAUCCUGUCUUGUUCACCGGUCCAAUCCGAAGAAACUUGGAUCCUUUCUCCGAGCACAAGGACGACGAAUUAUGGCAAGCUUUGGAUGAGGCUUAUUUGAAGGAAUCAAUCGAAGAAAUGCCCGGCGGUCUGGACACGAUCGUUUCGGAAGGUGGCAGCAACUUCAGUGUUGGCCAGAGACAGCUCAUUUGUCUCGCCAGGGCAAUCCUGCGAAGAAACAGAGUUCUGGUCUUGGAUGAAGCGACGGCGAAUGUCGAUCCCAACACGGACAGCCUUAUUCAGGAAACGAUACGAGAUCGAUUUGCACAUUGCACCGUCUUAACCAUCGCUCAUCGUCUUCACACUAUCAUGGAUUCAGACAGAGUUCUGGUGCUGGAUGCUGGUGAAGUGAAAGAAUUUGACUCACCUUUCGUUCUACUCCAGAACCGGAACAGCCUGUUCUCCCACAUGGUGCAGAUGACGGGCCCCGGCAUGGCCCAGCAACUGAGGGAAGUCGCCCGAAAUGCCUACCUCAAAAACGCAGCGAAUACGAAAAAAGAAGGCAGCAUAGGUCCUGGCGACGAGUACAUAGAAAUGAAUGGAUCUGCUCGUCAUAUAAUCAAUGGUGGGGUUCUGAACACCCCAGUUGGGCAAGUGACCGAAGUGCAUGAAAAUACAGAGAUGACGUAUUUAUAGCGAUGUUUUUAAUACUUUAGGUGUACAAGGACUUGUAAAUAGAAUUUAAAAACUGCUCUGUGCACUCCAUUGGAUUAUAAAUGAAACUACAAUAGGAGAGUAUUUUUAGCAAUCAGUUAAGGAGGCCUGGUUAUUUGUAUGAUAUCGUGGAUUUUAUUUAUAUGUACAAAUAUAAUACAAUUAGGUAUUCGGAAUGCGGAAAUAAAUUUAUUUUCGUAAAA